AUGUCUACUGAAUCUGCUUUAUCCUACGCUGCCUUAAUCUUGGCCGAUGCUGAAGUUGAAAUCACUUCUGAAAAAUUAUUAGCUUUAACCCAAAAGGCUAACGUUGAAGUUGAAGGUAUCUGGGCUGAUUUAUUCGCCAAGGCUCUCGAAGGUAAGGACUUGAAGGAAUUCUUCUUCAACUUCUCUUCUGCUCCAGCUGCUGCUGCUCCAGCUGCCGGUGCCGCUGCUGGUGGUGCUGAAGAAGCUGCUGCUGAAGAAAAGGAAGAAGAAGCCAAGGAAGAAUCUGAUGAUGAUAUGGGUUUCGGUUUAUUCGAUUAA